AUGAGCCUACCAGGACCACCCAUUCUUAAGACAACCAUAAUCCAACUUAACAGAGAUCUUGAUCUGGAUGAUAAGAACUACGAGAUUCUCACCAACGAUUAUUUAAAUGACUCCGGUACCUCUUCUUCUUCCCUUUCUUCUUCAUAUGGGCCAGCGUUUGCUAAGGGCGAACAAUUUGUAGAAGAAUCAAACAGCGGUACUGCCAAGAAGAAGCGUAGAAGAUCAUCUGCCAACGUUGACUCGGAAGAGUUGGCUAAGAGAAAGUCAGAAACCAAACAAUUGCAUUCCAUUAUAGAGAAAAGAAGAAGAAUAAAGAUCAAUAGGGAAUUCGAAGCGUUGAAGUACUUGAUCCCUGCCUGUCGCUCGACCCAUACACCUGCAAGCACAUCGGGCAAAAAGUCCGAUCAGCCUAGCUCGCCUAGUUCCCACAACACAAUCGUCUCCAAUAGUGGUAGUGCCAGUAAUAAUGGGAAUAAGAUUGACGGGAUGUACAAGUUGACUAUCUUAAAGUCGUCCGUCGAGUACAUAUUGUACCUCCACCAUAUCAUAAAGCAGCAACACAAAUUGCUUCAACAAUCGAAAGAUAGUCUGUACAAUUUUGAGAUUAACUUUGCCAAAAUUCCACUUGACGUAAACCAGUAUAGAAAUAUUGAUAAGGAAUUUGAUUUCAAGCAUCUAAUCGACUUCGAAUCUAUCAAUGAACCUGUAUCUCACUCACCACCAACUACAUCGUCACCGGCCCAAUCGAGGAAGAGGUCGCUGCAGCAGACGUUUGAUAUUGUAGAAGAAGAGGAAUCCAGUGAAGAGGACAAAGCCCAAUUGCCCAGUCCAGAUAUUACUCCAGAUAUGGCGCCAAUUCUCUCACUUUUGAACAAAUUCAAUACCAACACGCUCAAACCAUCCAGCAACCCUAUACAUGCUUCACCUUUGUUUGCUUCGUUUUCCUACCCAGGUACCGCCAACGUGUCGCCGCUUACCAACCCACUCAAGUCUAAUAACUUCAUUACACUGGCGCCACACUCUCUUGGUUUUUCUUCAAACUUUACGCUCCCUGACCCCGCCAUGAGCCCAAACGACGAGCAGCAAAAGCAGCCGAAGCAAGAACAAGAACAACAGCAACAACCACAACUCGUUCAGCUGCAACUGCUGCCAAAGAAAAAGCUCUUCAAAUCGAAAAUUCCCCAAAACAAUACAAUUGUAGUAAAUCGUCCCUUGACAAUCAAAUCAACUUCGAUGGAAGACAUUCGCAAGACAUUGAAUGGAAAACUCUCGGAGCAAGAUGCGUCGAAUACGUUGUUGGCCCUAAGAAAGUCAAGUAUUGACAGCUUAUUGAAUUAG